AAAUUUAAAAGCCUAUCUGUUUAAAAUUUAAAAUUCAAUAAUUUAAUAAUUUUUACUUUAUUAAAUAUUUGAAUAAUUAAAAUGAGUUUCUUAAUCAAAUUUAAAUUAUCCUAGAGACUGAAGAAAUCUCUUUCAAAAACGAAAGUUUGUCUAUACUUUCAACCCAGUCGGGAAUGACUCAAAUUCUAUGGAUGAAUGCAAAUCUUUUAAAAAACAAUAUGACAAGUGUUUUAAUGCUUGGUUCAGGGAUAAAUUUCUUAAAGGAAGUAACGAUGACUCAGUGUGUUCAGAGCUUUUGAAGAACUACACAGGCUGUGUCAAGAAAGUGAUGAAAGACAAAGACAUUGAUAUUGGAGAAUUUAGACCAUUUAGUCCAAAUAUUAGUUCUAAUUAUGAACCAUCUAAAAACAAAUGAAAUGUUGUAUUAUGCAUUUAUUCUAUAAAUAUACUUUAAAAAAAUAUCCCAAAACCAAAUCCAUUUAAUGCAAUGAAAGAAAAGGACAUUGUUAUUGGAGAAUUCAGACGAUAUCAUCCAAAAGUUAGUUCCAACUAUGAACCAUUUAAAAAUAAAUAAAAUAUUGUUUUUUGAGUCCAGUAUGUGUGGUGAAGAAUAGUUCAAAGAAAUAUUUAUUUAUAAUAUAAACAUUGUACUAAUGAUUUAUAAUUAACUAUAAUAUAUUAUAUUUAGACAUGACUGCA